ACGGCAUUCACUUGCCUUUGAAGAUUGUAAACAGUAAUGCUAGCAGACUGUCAUCUGUUUUAUCGAAAUGCGAUAAAUCAAUAAAUAAUUUCAGAAAUGUUUUAUGUAACUCAGAAUCAUCACAUAUUCAUAUUCUAAGUUAUAACUGUUUUUUAAUUUUGGAGAUUACUGCUACAAGAUGGUGAGAACAUGUAAUUAUUAUUCACCUUUAUAGAGAAACAAAAUAUUGCAUUAAGAGAACAAUGCCAUUUUGGAAUGACUCAAAAGCCCAGAAUUAUAAGGCAAAAUUAGAACAUAAGAUGUGCAUUGCCAAAGAAGCACCAGAUGAAAACUUUGACUUAUCUGAUUGUAAUUUAUCAGAAAUUCCCCCUGGUGUCUUUUCUAUGUGUCGAGUUUUUCGUAAAGAGGCCCUUCUUUUGCAAAAUAAUCACAUUAGCAACCUAUCUAGUGGUGGCUCAUUAAAAGAUUUGAGUCAAUUGCAAAUUCUUAAUUUAAGGAACAAUAAAUUGAGCUCAUUGCCCUCUGAUAUCAGUCACCUUUCUAAAUUAAAGGUUCUUGAUCUGGAAAGUAACCAAUUAAAGAAAUUACCAGCAUCUUUUGAAAAAUUAACAAGUCUAUGUCAUUUGAAUUUAAAAAGUAAUAAACUAUCACAGUUUCCAGUGCCUAUUUGCUCUUUACACAGUUUAGAAUAUUUAAACUUGUGUGAUAAUCCUAAAAUUAAAUAUUUGCCAAAAGAACUAUGUAAUUUAACUUCACUCAAGGACUUGGAGAUAAAUUCUGAGAAUUUUAUAUACCCAAGUGCAGAUAUAUGCCUGAGUGGGACCGAGAACAUAAUGAAAUUCCUUUGUGAAGAAGCAGGGGCAGAUUAUGCUCCUCCUACCCCUAAAAGUCUUUCAAGUGCUGCUACUCCCGAUGAAGAACAUUCCGAGCCAGAUAGACUAAAAUCCAUGGAUUUUUCUCCACUUUCUGCAUCUUACCUGCACUACCAAAGAGCAAAGGAACGGCGUCAACAAGAACUCAUUGUUAUGGAAGAAGCAUUAAAGGAGAAUUUUGCUGUACAGUCAUCUAUUAAUGCAAAUUCUUCUGAACGACGAAAAAAGUUGCUUGAAGAUAUAGCUUUGGAACAGGAUCGAAUGGAGAGUGAAAUAAUGUUGCUUCAAACUAAAAAAGAUAAAGAAAAGAAAAAUUUGUUAGACGUUCUUACUAACAUUGAAAAUCAUUCUGCUAAACUGAUUGACCAACUGAUGUUGCUGAAUGAUCGAACAAAACAAGUGGAGAAAAUGGCAGCUGUUCUUGAAAGAGAUAGGAUUGAAAAUGAAGAAAUUUUUUCGAUAAAGCAAGAAAAAUUAGAGCAGUUGAAGAAAAAAGAAAUUCUAGAGGCAAUGACUGAAAUGCUCAAAUGUGAAGAAACGUAUGGUAAAUAUGAAGCAGAAAAAUCCCUCAUAGUGGAACAAUUACAAAAUGAGGAAACUGAAAGCAAUUUUAAAUUGUACAAUAUUUUCCAAGAAAGAGAAUUGGAUCAACAAAUAUUAAUCAAUAGGCUUUUGGAAGAGGAACAAUAUCAAAAAGAAGCCUUUGAAGCAUUACAGUUGCAGAAAGAUAUACAGCACCAAGAGAUUGCUCAUCAGAUACAUCUGAUUGAAAAAGAGCUCUCCAACUUAACUGUUGCAGAAAUUAAAAAGAAAGAUUUGAAAAUUGAUUCAGAAAUGAAUGUUUUGGCAGAUCAUCGAAUUGCUUUAGCUUCAUUGCUGUCUGAUUUAAUGGCAGCCAAAGAGCAGCGAGAACUAGAAUUGAAAGAAAGAUUGCAACAAAUGGAGUUAAAACGGGCUCAGGAAAUAGAAGAUUUCUGGCUAAUACAAUACCAAAAAUUGCUCGACAGAAAACCAAAAGGUGUUAUUGGUGCGGAGCUUGGAUUAGAUAAAGAUGUGAAAAGCAUCUUAUUGGAUAUUCCUGCCAUUGAAUAUCUUCCUUUGUUUGCAUCCAAAAGGAUAAGUCUUUCAACAUUGCUCAAUUUCACUACAAAAGAUUUAAAAAAGAUGGGUAUUUUGGAUGAUGAAAUUUGUGAAGCCAUCUUAGACAAGGCUCAGGAAUAUUUCAAGAAUAUGCAGGCAGAAGAGAAAUAUUCUCUGCCUGAAUUUUCAGAAGUGCCUGUACCUUCAGCUCCUCCUGAACCUUCAACGCCUACUGAGCCAGAAGAAAUACUUUCUGAGCCAACUGCACCACCCCUUUCACCAGAUGAUGAUACAAAGCUUUGGUGUCAAACAGAAUGUGUCAUAUGCUUGGAUGUUCAGACAUCUUCUGUAUUUCUGCCUUGUGGUCAUGUAUGCUGCUGCCGCGACUGUUCAAAGAAAGUCGAACUCUGCCCAAUGUGUCGAACAACUAUUUCUUCGAGAUUCAUCCUUACUGUUUCCUAAAGAAGAAAAGCACACUGAAGCCUUAUUUUAUGCCUUGCAAUAUUUACAAUGAUCUCUUUCAACGUUUACAUUUAUAUAAUUGCAAUUUUUUCAGCGGAAAUUCGGCACACAAUUCUCGAUUAGUUUAUAUUGUAUAUAAGCUGUUUCUUGUUAUAUAUUUUGAAUUUUAAAGUUUGUAAAUAACAUGUUACAUUUUGCAUGGCAUUAAAUUCCCAUAAAUUUUA